AUGUUCGGAGCCGGCAGACCUGGCACGACGGGCGGACGGCAGGGAGCGGCGCAGGGUCGCGCAGAAACCGACGAAAACGCGCCCCUCGAUCCCGCUCCCUCCUCCCCAGCCGCCCCUCCCAAACUCGACCUGCUCUCCCUUCGCCCCGAGAUCCGCAUCCCGGCCCAUCCCCGCGUUCUGUCGUCGCUGCGGCAGGCGCCGUCGCUCCAGGACCGUCGCGUCGUUUGGACCGAAUUCCACCAGAUCGAGCUUCCCUCCCACACCGACUUCGCGUUCGAGGACGACGGGGAGCAGCCGAUGAUCGCCCUCUCGUCGGCUACCUCGUUCAUGGAGCAACUUUUGCUCAUGCUCGAUCAGCGCGAUGAGGAGAGGGAGAAAGUCUGGAAGGAGAAACUCGACGCGCGCGACAAGGCGAGGGAUCAAGACUGGCAGAAGAAACUCAACGAGGCUGUCGGUGCGGAGCAGGCGCGAGCGGAACGGGCAGAAGCUCAACUUGCACCUCUGCUGCGUGAGGCGGGGCGCACCUAUUUGCUGGACCAGUACGAGAACUUGAAGGAGUUUCUGCGGGCGUACUUUCUCGACGUCCGCCAGAUCCUGACCAUACACCAACAACCCUACUACGGGCCAAACAACCACCUCCUCGAGCACCUUCGUCACUCCUACUCCCCCCAACAACGCCUCACCCUGGGUCUCUACCCCGAGCAGCUCGCCCUGGCAUCCCUCGCCACGGUGGUGGUCUACAACGUCGCAGGCGACCUUCGCCACCCCGAGGCCCAUGGCUCUCCCUCCCAUGAGUCCUUCAUCCGCCACACCAUGCCCCUCGUUGGCGAACCCUGGGCAAGGGUCAUCCUUUCGCGCCUUAUUCGUUUCGAGGUCUUUAUCGACGUCUGGGAUGAGAACGGCAUCCGCCAGACCCGCCAGGCCUUCUCUGGCGCCAACCUCCUUCCUUCACCAACCCCAGUCUCUGACAUUGACCGCGCCACGUCGAGCUUCUACUCCCACUUCCUCGCCUUCUGGCAGUCGAACUCGUUUGCAUUCGACGAGCUCUCCGAGUGGACAAGGCGCUAUUUUCUCUUCUUCUUGCAGUGA